UUUUCUUCUCCAUUUGGAUGAAUUUCGUUUAGAACCACUGUUAGGGAUUGUAUUUUUUAAUUUCAUUUGUCACCAAAAAUACAUAAAGGAAAUAAUAAUAGAUUGGUGUGACUUCGAGUAGAUACUUAAUGAGUUUUGAUUUCGCAUCAAUAUUGAGAUGCUUUAUAUAACAUUUCGUUGAUGCUUACCAGGGGUGUUCUUGCUUUUCUUGUAUAGCCAGUUAGUUUUAUUUCUCGUAUAGCCAGUUAGUUUUUUUUUUUUUUUUUUUUUUUUCUGAAGGCAUAUUCUAUAUAGUUCAUAAUAGCGAACAUUUUUAUUUGAAACAAACUGUGCCUUUUGUAUAUCUUUACAAUUAUGGUUUCUUGAUGUUUUACAUGGACAUAAUCAUGCAUUAUUUAGGUGAGCCCAACUGAAAGCCCUUGUUUCAAUCCAUAGCCAAGAGGUAGUGUGUUUGAAUUAUGACCAUUUUAUAUAGCUUCUUCUACAAAUUGAGGAGUCACUGGAUUAUUAUUAGUAAUACAUAAAUGUGACAUGUACCUUAUUCUGUGCAUAUAAUAAGACAGUGCAAAUCAUGAUUCAAAUUCAAUAAUGAAUGAAAAACAGUAUCAUAUUAUGUGUACAUAUACCUUAUUCUGUGCCUAAAUAUUAAUGGAGUAAGAACUUCUGUCUUUUACCUUGACACCGAAGGAUUUGAAAGUGUGGGGAAGUCCAAUGUAUAUGAUGAUCGGUAAUUGCUUUUUGGCAUGCAUGCUGUUUUCUGUGUUGAAUGGUAUGUUGAUUUUUUUUUAUUGGAUUUCUUUUGUAUUUUCGUUUGCAGCAUAUUUGCUCUGGUAACUGUCUUGAGUUCUGUACUUAUAUAUAAUUUUCCUAAGACGGUUAGUAAUUGCUGUCAUCUCCCAAUUUCUUGUUUUUGGCUGGUGUUUAUCUUGUAAUGUAAAAUGCACAAAAGAGUUGGUAUAAGGGAUGCUUUUAAAGCGAGGAUACUGAGUAUGGGUUGGAGAAAGGAUUUGGAAACCCAUGAAAUUGAAGCAUGUGCGCUCAUUAAAUAAUUUGUGAAAGACAGAAUAGUAGACAACUUACCUCACUGUUAAUAAUUUGAUGACUGUUUCUAAUAUUAUAAAUACUCCUAUGAUGUGCUAGAUUGGUUAUUUUUAGGGCUUUACACUGUUUAGACUUCAGUAGAUUUGCUAGAAUUUCUAGACACCUAAUAAAAACUAAAGCUAGAAAUUACCCAAUUCCCAAAUAUCAGCUGUUAUUUUGAAUAUAUAGCCAAUGUGUUGAGAACUAUAUUGAUAAUAUGUUAGUUAGAACUUUGGGCAAUGUACAUUUAAGUACAAGAGUGAAACACUUUGAAAUACCAGAGAGAGAGAGAAAGAGAGGUGUCAUUCUCUCCUUCCUUCUUGGGUUCCGGUUUUGUGACUUCUAACGAGGUAUCUCUGUUCACCCAUUUUUUGGUCCACUUUCAUCUACAAAUUACCUUAGUCCAAUGUGGGCAGAAUAAAUAUACCUGGUAUUUGCAAUUCUAAAUUUGUAACAAAUUAUGGUUUGCUUUUUGUCUUUGAACCAUUGAACACAGAUCAGUUUUCUUUUAAAGAAAAUUUUCUGAUAUCAAGUUUCAACUUGUUAGAAAUUGAAUAGUCUUGAACUCUUCAAUUUUAGGUUAGACUGAAAUUUUAAUUUUGUGUGUUAAGAUAAGUAAAGCUGACAUCUCUAGACUCUCUUUUGCGGUUGAGCUAGCUGAAGAAUUUUAUGGGAGUUCUACAUCUUGAUAAACUUUUUGCUUGUUAAGUUGUUAUUAAUAAUUUUAUCUUGAAUUAUCAAUGCUGCUCUCCCUGUCCCUUUAAUAUUGCUUUGUAAAACAACUUCUUUUGGGGUUAAGUCAUAGUUACUAACUUGUUUGUUUAAUUUGCAAAUUUUGCUCAUCCUAAAUUCGCAACCCCGGUGUGUUGAAAAAUGUGAAGGGUCAAGAUGUUGCAUUUGAACCUGCUAAGCUCUUAUGGCUCAUCCGACGUGAUUUUUUACAAUUCCUGACGAUGAAGAAAAUAUCCAUGAAGAAGACUAAUGACCAAGUUUCAGCUCCUACCCAAAGUAGAAGUGGCCAACCACCAUCUACAUUGUGUCCACCUGCGCUUCAUCCAUCUUGCCCAAGUUUCAUUUCUCUCAUGCCAGAAGGCGCUCCAAUACAAUAUUAGCUGAUCAAGAAUGGUAAUAGGAGCAACGGUUCAGCAUAAAUUUCUUCUUCAUUUCCGGCCUUUUUUGAGCCGAUGUCCUUCAGCUCGCUCAGUGUCUUCAUUGCAAAAGCUUGAGCAUGCUGUAAGAGAGGAAGUAGAAGCGAAAAACUAUGUUAAAAUUCCUGACCUUUUCAUUUCCUUGGAGUCGUGCCAAAAUUCAAAUCCUUUCUCUUUCUUUUCUUCAUUUCCUCAUAACUUACGAGUGCAAAUUAUUGAUGAAAUUUUGCAAUCUUUUAUACCUAUCAGACCACGUUCCAAGCCUCAACUAGCUUAUUCCUAUCUUCUUUCUUACACUCUUCAAAGCUCUCAUCCUUUCCCCCUUGCACUUGCUGUCCUACAACGAACUCUACGGUCUGGUUGCCUUCCGGUUUCUCAGACUCGUGUUCUCCUCUCAUCGGCUUGGUUGGAGAGGCGAUGCCUCUCCCAAUCUGUUGCUGAUAUUUUACUUCAGAUGCAAACAAUUGGAUAUACUCCUGACUGUGGGACUUGUAAUUAUCUAUUAUCAUCUCUCUGUGCUGUUGACCAACUAGUGGAAGCCGUUAAAGUCCUUAGGGGCAUGGGAGGGGCUGGAUGUAUACCAGAUUCAAAUAGUUAUGGCACUGUAAUUGGUGCCAUGAGCCGAGUGAGAAAGACUACUGAGGCACAUGAUUUGAUGAAGCAAAUGGUGGUGCAAUAUGGUUUAACCCCAGGGCAGGGAACACUGGUGAAAUUGUUGGCAGCAUUACGGGCAAACAGGGAAAUAUGGAAUGCUGUUGAGAUGAUUGAAUUCAUGGAGAAAGAGGGUAACUCUGUCGGAUUUGAAAGUUAUGAGUUAGUGAUUGAAGGGUGUUUGGAGAAAUGUGAGUAUGUUUUGGCUGCAAAGGUUGCAACAGGGAUGACAGAAAGAGGGUUUGUACCAUAUAUAAGGGUCAGACAGAAGAUUAUUGAAGGUUUGGCCAGUAUCAAGGAGUGGAAGAUAGCUUGUGCUAUGAGACAUAGAUUUGCAGCACUUAAAUCUUAGUUGUUAAAUUAUUUGGAGGGGCAAGUACAAUGCUUAAUGCCGAUGGGGUGACAUGCUAAGACUUGUGACUUUUUUAUUAGGGUGUCCUACCAUUCAUAUUAAUUGUUAAGGUUAGCGUCAGCUGACACUACCUUAUUUAUUUUUAAUAUUUAUUUGAAUUAACCGAUGAUUUCAUAAAAA